AUGGAUGUCAUCUUUGAGCCCCAAAGAGGCAGGCCAUUCUCUAUUGAAGUUGGUUUCUUUGACACAGUCUUAGAAAUCAAAGAAAAAAUACACAAAUACCAAGGCAUACCUGUGCAAAGACAAACCCUAGUCUUCAAUGGCCAUGUUCUUCAAGACGACCGUGAUGUUGAGUACUGUGAAAUCCUCCAAAACUCUCACAUUCAACUCUUCGUUGCUCCCGAUCAAUCUGAUAAACCCCAACCACAGCCUCAUUCUCAGCCUCAGCCUCAGCCACCACAGUCACUGCCUCAACCUCAACUAGUCAAGAAUGAACAAGCCUCACCCUCCAAAAAGAUUCAUCUCAGAAUUAACAUUCCAUCCUCCAAAACGCUUGUGCAUCUCCCUCUUGACAUGGAUAUCAAUGAUACAAUUCUACAUUUAAAGGAAAAGAUACAUGAUGUGGAGCCCAUUCCGGUCAACAGGUUAGUAGUUCAAUCAAGUGGUGCAGAAUUGCAGGAUCAUCGAUCGUUAUGUGAUUGUGAAUUGAUGGAUAAUUCGGAGGUAGAUGUAAAUGUAAGGCCAUCGCCUACAGCUUCAGGAGGGACAGGAACAACCGGGUCUAAGAAGUUGAAGUUAAUGGUUUUACCUAAAUGCGGGACUAAAAAGAUUCCAGUGGAAGUGAAUGCAACUGAUAAUGUUGGAGAGCUGAGAAAAGAGCUGCAAAAAUUACAUCAAAGAUUUCAUUUUCAUCUUCCACAAGAUGGGUAUUUCUUUAUUUACAAACAGAACGUGAUGGACGAUGAUAGGUCAUUUCGGUGGCACCAUGUUGGCCAAGGUGAUACUAUUGAGAUUUUUAAUGGAAGUGUUACUGGGGGAUCGUAA